UUUCUAUUAAUUGUUGUGAGUCACCUGAUUGCGCUCUUCCCAGUGUCGCUGCUCGUCCAAUCAACCUUGGCAACUCGACAUUUUGAUUUCUCUGUGAGCUGCACAUAACACUUUCGACGCGACUGCUCCACUUGUGCUUCUCGACUGGAGAAAUAACCCGAACGUUCAUACAUUCAUUGAUACAUUCAUACACACCUCCAAACCCUCCCGGCGUGGCUUCUCUGCUUAGGUAGGAUAGAGCUGCCUCAAAAACCUUCCUUCAUCCCCUUGACUAGUUUCAGGCGGCAUCUUUCAUUUGAUUUCAACUCGCCUUCCCAGCAACUCAUUCAGUUGCCUUGAUGCAUCUUUCAUCGCGAAAUGGGCACCAAGAGGUGUCCAAUUCACAUCUACGUCGCAAGAAACCACCGGCCUUAUCGCGACCAUUUCCCCCCGGCUUCACUCCCGUCAUUGCUGAGGUAUCUCCUUCCAUCCAUCGAUCAGUCAACAAAUCAGACAUCGGUCCUGUCUUUCUACCACCCGCAUUGCGUUCACCGUUGCCCCCAUCUGACGAAAGCUUGCCAAUGGAGAAGCAACGGUCCCGACACAAUCGCCUUCUGAAAACGCCAAUAUCACCGCAUCCGUUGCAAAAGAAUCAAGCGAAAUUGAUUCCCUCGAUCAGGCGAAUUUGUAGUGCCACCCGCCCUUCCCAACGAUCUCCAAGCACUUCUGCUAUAGAUGCAAGUCCUCCGUCCCCCGCUCGAGUUCACUCGGACGAUACUGUCCUGCACCAGGGGCCGGCCUUUUCGACACCAAUCACGAAUCGACUGAGGUCUGUAUCGCAACACAGCUCCAUAAUGAGCAGACCAAAACUGCGUGAUUUGGCGCCUCUACCUUUACCGCAGGGCCCAUUCCAAAAUACUGGCGAUAGCUGCCGUCUCCCACCGCAAGCACAGGCAACUACGAAAACCAGAUUGCCUAGAAUCAGGUCUAUUUCCACAAGUCUCUCCGCGUCCCCUGUCGAACGAGCCAGGAAUUCCAUUUUGACGCGCCGUCCCAAGGACCAACCGGAGAAUUAUUUUAACUGCAAGCCUAAGUCGGUCCGAUCGGUGCGACAUUUAACCCCGGAGCCCCCAACUCCUUGCAGCGCACAAAUGGAUUAUACACCUAGUUCUUAUCUUUGCUUUGACUCGGGUGGCAGCCACCACAUGGGAACGGGAGAAGAGGUCGAGUUACUGAAUAAAUUACCCGAUUACACCUUGGACAAUUGGACUGGAUGGAGGAAGGAGAUUCUUCUCAGCGCUUGUGACUCCUCUACCUCCGACGAACCCUCAAUCUUAGAUGA